CCAACAAACAAUUGUUUCUUUGUCAAUCUUCUCAAAAAUGAAACUAAUACAAACUGAAGUGAUGUUUUUUUUGUUUAUCCUCAUCUCGGCUUUAAUAUUCCAACAAUCGAAAGCUCAGAAAAAUUAUUGUUCGAGAACCAACAUAGACCAGAUACCGGGAUGUUUCCAUGCGUUGCAAUUAGCAUACAAGAAAGAUUACAGUCAGCUAACAAGGGAUUGUUGUAGAGCAGUGUUCUCACUUCCUACUUCUUGCGUCGUGCGUAUCUAUCCUGGAAAAACUUAUCCUAUUACUGCCUUCAGAUUAAUUUGUGUUUAUAAAGAUGAUAUUCCACCAUCAAGUUUAUAAGUUUUCUGUAUCUAUUAAUGAUACAAUAAAGAAAUGAAUAAAUUUUAAUUUCUUUGUAAUUUCUAAAUUAUAUGGUAAAUUCCUUUCACUUUU